ACCUCAUUUGUGGAGCGAGAGAGAGAGAGGGCGGAGGAGGAGAAGAGGAAGGCAGCAAUCAUUUUACCGCUCCUCUUGUUCUUUGAUUUUGCAUUUAGAGAGAGAGAUGGCGGAGAUUGGUGAGGAGAAGGUGGGUCUGUUAGAGAGAGAGAGAGAGAGAGGUGGUUUGGUGGAGAGGGUGUGGGAGGAGUCAAAGAAGCUAUGGCAGAUUGUAGGGCCUGCCAUACUUAGUAGGUUUUCUAUGUAUGGAAUGAAUGUUAUCACGCUGGUUUUUGCAGGUCAUUUGGGGGACCUAGAGCUCGCUGCAAUCUCCAUUGCCAGCACUGUCAUCGUUGGCUUCAACUUUGGCCUCUUGCUGGGCAUGGCGAGCGCACUAGAGACGCUGUGCGGCCAGGCAUUUGGCGCACGCAAGUACCACAUGCUCGGAGUGUACAUGCAGCGAUCGUGGAUCGUCCUAUUCAUAUGCGCCCUACUCCUCCUCCCGAUGUACAUCUUCGCCACCCCGAUCCUUAAGCUCACAGGCCAAACAGCCGAGAUCGCGGAGCUCGCUGGCUCUGUGUCGAUAUGGUUUAUCCCCCAACACUUUGCCUUUGUUUUCCUCUUUCCUCUUCAAAGAUUCCUCCAAAGCCAGUUGAGGAAUAUGAUAAUUGCGUGGAUAGCCGUCGGUUCAUUGCUGCUACAUGUUGGGCUGAGUUGGGGACUGAUUUCCGGGCUGAAGCUCGGGCUCGUAGGGGCGGCCUGGACCCUGAAUUUUGCGUGGUGGGUGCCGGUGAUCGGUCAGUUUGCAUAUGCUUGCUGCGGUUGGUGCCCCCAGACAUGGACAGGGUUCUCAAGGGAGGCCUUCUCGGGCCUCUGGGAGUUUCUUAAGCUUUCUUCAGCCUCAGGGAUCAUGCUCUGCUUGGAGAAUUGGUACUAUAGAAUAUUGAUUCUUUUGACCGGAAAUCUAGAGAACGCAGAGGUUGCAGUGGAUGCCCUUUCCAUUUGCACGAAUAUCAACAGCUGGGAGAUGAUGAUUCCCUUGGCCUUCUUCGCUGCUACAGGAGUGAGGGUGGCAAACGAGCUGGGAGCAGGAAACGGUAAAGGUGCCCGGUUCGCUACGAUCGUGUCGGUGACAACUUCAUUGGUGUUUGGCCUAAUAUUUUGUGUUCUCAUCAUGGUCUUCAAUACUAAGUUCGCGCUCAUCUUCACAAGUAGCACCGUGGUCUUGGAAGCAGCCUCCAAAUUGGCAGUACUGUUGGGAUUCACUAUCAUGCUUAAUAGCGUCCAGCCCAUUCUCUCUGGGGUGGCCGUUGGAUCGGGAUGGCAAGCGCUCGUGGCUUACAUCAACAUAGGGUGCUAUUAUUUGAUCGGCGUUCCAAUUGGUGUUCUCCUCGGUUGGGUAUUCAAGCGUGGAGUUUUGGGAAUAUGGGCGGGAAUGAUCGGCGGAACAGGAGUGCAGACCUUGAUUUUGGGUAUCAUCACCUACCGUUGUGAUUGGGACAAGGAGGCUGAAAUGUCGAGCGAUCGCUUGGAAAAAUGGGGAGGUUCCAACCCAUCUGAAAAUGGUUCAAUGAAACCAAAGGCCAAGACAGCAGCAUACCCUGAUUAAGUUUGAUGCAGAAAGCUUGGCUAAACUAUUGAACAGUUGCUGUACAAGUGGAUGCUUGUUUGAUAUCCUCUUUACCAUUCAAAGGAAGUCCAAUAGGGCAUAAUUGAGUAGCAUUGGCCUUGCAAGUGUUUAUAAAGGCAAGAACACUCAUAUUUAUUCCUAACGACUAAAGCAGGGCCAGAUUUUGAAAUUGCUAUGUUGCUUGGAGUUGGUUCCUUAUAAUCUUGAUUGAAGCAAUCUUGU